AUGGGCGCCAUCGUCGAGAAUUUCAUGGACUGGCUCCCCAGCGGUGGAAAUGCCGUGGCAAUCGCCGCCUCCCUCUCCGCCGCCGUUGACUACGAGGGCGAGGACCGCAUCAGCGCCCUCCCCGACGACCUCCUCCGCAACAUCGUCUCUCGCCUCCCCGUCAGGGACGCCGCCCGAACCGCCGCCAUCGCCUCUCAGUGGCUCCACCUCUGGCGCUCCACCCCGCUCGUCCUCAGCGACGUCGACCUACUCCCCUCUACGGUCGCCCGCAUCCUCGCAGAUCACCCGGGCCCCUUCCAAGCCAUCUACAUCGCCCGUUGUAGGUUCGCAUCCCACGAGCGUGAGCUCGCAGAGUGGCCGCGCCUCCUCGCUGCCAAGGGCAUCCAGGACCUCGUCCUCGUCAACGACGUCAUCGGUUCCCAGUUCAUCACCGACACCAUGCUCCUCCCAGCGAACAUUUUCCGCUGCGCCUCACUUCAGCGCCUCUUCUUGGGAUUCUUCAGGUUCCCGGACACCGUUGGUCUCUCCCGCGGACCCGACGUCCUGCCCCAUCUUCGGGAGCUCAGCAUGUUCACUACAGUCAUCAACACCUGGGACCUCGACUACAUGCUCGCUUGCUGCCCGGUCCUGGAGAAGCUCGCGUUCGUACUCAGCAAUUCGCCAGAUCUCAUCCACCUCCGCAGCAAAAGCCUCCAGUGUGUGCUCCUCUGGUUUUUCACGGCGGAGGAGGUCGCCGUGGUGGACGCCCCGCUCCUGGAGCGGCUCUUCUUGGUGGAUCUUGCGGGCUCUCCUCAGCAGCCCCGUGACGACAGUACUAUGAUGAUCAAGAUUGCUUGUGCGCCCAGCCUGCGGGCGCUCGGCUUCUUGGAGACAAGAACUCACCGGCUGCAUAUCGGCGACAAUGCCAUCAAGCCUGGCAUACUGCCGAGCCCAAGCACAAUGCUUCCGGGCGUUAAGAAAUUGGCCGUUAAGGUUAAUUUUGGUGUCUCAAAGGAGGUCAAGAUGCUGGUGGCCUUCCUCAGAUGCUUUCCCAACGUUGACACACUGCACAUUGAGUCUUUAACUGAACCCACCGGAAGAAAACAUGCCAAGUUCUGGCGGGAGCUCUCCACUGUUGAAUGCAUCGAGUCCCACGUCAAGAAGAUGGUUGUCCAUGAAUAUAGAGGGGAUCAAAGUGAACUUCGAUUCCUUAAGUUCAUUUCCAGGAGAGCGGAAGUGCUACAAACUUUGUAUGUUCUGCUAAACAGAGAGAGUCUUACUUCGGUGGCCAAGGUGAGAAAGAUGACACGCAGAUUGGUGGCUCUCUCGCGUCUAACAUGGAGCGGUGACUGUCAGAUAAUGGUGCUAGGCCCUGAACUUCAGAAUGAUUGGAGCUUCCAGAAAGCAUCCGAUCUUACUGUCGACGACCCGUUUCACUGGUGA